CUUUUUGUGUAAUUAAAAAACAGUUAUGUGUUUCUUCAACAAUACUCCUUGUUUAAGUAAUAUAUACUGAUCCCUACUUGGCUACUUGAUUUGCUAUCUUCCCCCACAAAGAUUUGCCAGGUUUCAGUUUUUAAAGAUGUUAAUCUUCCAUCAAUAUUUGAUUUUGUAGUGUACAUGUUUUGUUUUCAUCAACUUUAUACCAGAUCCAGAGAACUUCACAAUGACUCGUUGUGUAUGUAUUUGAUUUUGUCCCUUAUUUGAACUUGUUUGCCUGCUCCACUUUAUUUAUUUAUCUAACCACUCUACUUUGCCCAUACUAUUAAAUAUUUUGAAACACAAAAGAAGCAUGUCACAUGUUGAUGUUGAGUCAAAUAUUGAAGCAUGAGGUUCGAUCAAUUAUGCAAAUUAAAUAACAUUGUUUUUACAUAAUUUUAAUUUUUUGUAGUAGUAGUGUAACUUAAUUAUAAACUAUUGCAAAAGAUGAAAGUCGCAUUGACAAUGAUGGGGUUUGAAGUGAAGGUAACUCAGCUUCGCGAGUUAAUGCAUCAAACUCUCUCGUGAUAUAGAAAUUUAGUGCAUUAGCCCCCUGUGAUUUAGAAAAUGCAUCAAACCCCUCGGUGUUAAAACUAAUCAUGCGCAGAAUCCCCGUAUGAAUAAAUUCAAUUGUCAAAUAAAAGAAAAAUGAUUAACAUUUUUGUAUAAUUUAGACAUUUUGAAAAAUUACUUACAUAUUCAGUCAUAAUCCUUAGAAGGUGACUUUAAAAUUGCUAAAUUUAUUCAAAAAAGAGGUUAUGCACACGAAUAAUUAUAAUACUAAGGGAUUUGACGCAUUUUUUAAUCACAUGGGGCUAAUGCGCGGAAUUUCUAUAUAAAUUUGAAAUAUGAGAUUUGAUGCAAUGAACCACCUUUCCACUCUUAAAUAGAACAAAUUUGAAAGAAAAUCAGCAUGUUAUGUUUAUAUAUAAAUUAAUUUAGGGGUUGCAUGUUUUGUUUUUUUAUAUAUACAAUUAAUACACUUCGAAUUAUAACUAUCACAACCUAAAAAGCGGCCGUCUCCCACUCUAGGGUUUCUUCCUUCCGCUACCAUCCUCGACGAAGAGCAGCUCCGGUGACUAUCGAAGAUGGCGAUUGGUCGUGUGUUUCUCAGGAGAGCUAGCAGGCAGUCUCGAUCGAGCAAGGGCUGCACUUCAUGUUUCAGGAGUGGGACUCCUUCACCGUUGAUCCGGAUGAAGUACUACUUCGGGCAAAGCGAAGGCAGUAAGGGUUGUGGCGGGUUUCGCCUCGAUCAAGCACCAAGAGAUUUCAAUGGAGGAUAUAUAUCAUCAAUCAAUACAACAACAUGGCUAUUGGCGGGGAUGGGGAGGAGCUGAACUUCGAUGAUGAUGAGGUUGGUGAGGAUGUGGUGGACCAGUAUGGCUUGCAGCUGAACUAGUAUAAAUCAUUCUGUAUUUAUAGACUUUGUUGUUGAAUCUCCUCCGUUGGCUGAGUGAUCCAAUCUUGAUCGUCGUUUGAUCUACUUGCUUUGUUCCACUUGACUGGGGCAGCAUGAUUGAUUCUUGUCUUCUUGUGACACAGAUCAUUUAUCCUCACUCCACUUGAUUCCUCAUUUCAAGGCAAAGAUAAAGAUGAUUUAUCUUUAUCUCUUUAGCUCAUAGAAAUUCAGUAUCUAGGCCGAGUGUUGUUCAAUGCUUCCUCAUGAUAGGAUUACUUGGUUUUAGUAAAUAAUGUUAUUAGAAAUUUUGUCACAUAAUUUCUUGUAACAUUAUUUUCUAUUCUUUUUAUCAUUUUGAUUGCAAGUGGGUCUGUUGUUUUCUUGUUUCUGUGCUAAGAGAAGAAAGAAUAGCAGAUGUCGAGUACUUAAUCAGAUUACCUAUGAGGUCUUCUGUUCUGGUGUCACCAGAGAAGUGUCACCAGAGAACCUCUUCUCUUGUGAGGUCUUCUGGUGUUUAUAAGAGAACCUCUUCUGCCACUGAGGUUUUCUGAUGCGACCAUGAUGGGGGAUCCAUUCAGAUACCAAUGGGACCGCAAAAUUCCAUCCUAUUUAAAUUUGUUAAUAUUUUUUUCAAUUUUGUAGGGCUCUCAAAACCAGUGCAGGACGACUCAAUCUCACUCCAACAUGGGAGCACGUUAGAAUCCGAGGACCCCACAUCCAUCUCUAAGUUGAUUUUAUAUCACCAAAUCCAGACGGUCGGAACCGUUGUUGAACAUGUCUUAUCUUCUGGAAAACAACCCCAGUUGCCACCGAUCGAGGCUUACUCAUGUGCCUCUGACGAGUUUGAUCAUUCGGAUGACUCCUUCUUCAAAGAUGAUUUCUUGGGCCAUGCGACGGAAAGUGACCAUCGUCCUCCUAUUUCGUACCCAGAAGAAAUUAGGAUGUCCAAAUUCAAUAAAGAAAUUUGUCGGAAAGCCAAUUUCGUAACUUCGGAAAAUUGUCUGCCAACUGACAAUUUGAACACGCAGAUGAAAAUCUACAAAAAAAAAACCAGAAGAAUAAAAGACGUCAUAGCAUGAGAACACGGUCUCAAUCUAGAGACUUCCCAUGGGACUAGUUAUUAAUUUGUUUUUAUCUCUUAUUUUUUAUUUGGUCUCUUCUGCUUUUCUUCCUUUUUGUAAUACUUUUCUUUUUUUCCUUUAUCGCAUUGUACUUUUUCCCUUUUAUCAAUAAAAUUCCCCUUUUGUUAAAAAAAAGUGUCCGAUUCUGUUUUAAGGGUUUCAGUUGACUCUUUUCGUACCUUUUCUUUUUUUAUUCUUUUCUUUUUUUUUUAUGGUACGUUUCUUCCCUUUUUAGUACUCUCUGUUUUUCUUGAGUACUCUAUCACUAUUGAGCACAUUACAAUAAAAAAAACAGAACAAAUACAAGCGCUAGUCUAUUACAGGGAUACAUAUUGGUUUUUAGCAUCAUCAAAACUAUUAUCUGUUGAUCAUCAAAAUCUAGGGGACCUAACACUUGGUCAUUCUGAUAAAUUUUGUCCAUUAACCAAUGAGGGAGACGAUAUGGUACUAGAAAAAUCUUAUCGGAUGGAUCUUAGAGCUGGGGAAGGAGAGAAGACUAGUCCUACUAGAGGAAACAAGUGGUUGGUAGAAGGCACCUCAAGCACGGGAAUGGGGAUUCAGCAGAAGAGUGGGCAAAGGAGGACAAGGCUGGAUUGUGGCAACGGAUGCAGGCAAAAGCACGACAAAAGAAGGUGACCUGGUGAGCUCCGACGAGAUGUCGGGUGAUCAGAAACGCAAGAGACUCUGGGAGAAGCAGGAACAGGAAGAUCCAAAUGGUGAUAGCAUGGCUCUUGACAAGCCAUAAAACGGGAAGACGGCGCAUCUCGGACACUAGACCCGCCGGGAUGUAUGAAGCAAACCGGUUGGUCAGGGCCGCGGAUGGUGAUUGUGCUCUUGAAGACGGAGCAAGAAUUUAUUCCUACUGUUUUUUCCUAGUUAUUUUUCAUGGUCAGAUUGUUUACAUUUUUGUUGGUUAUUUAUUUUGUUGUAAGAGUUUUGCAUUAGGAUUGGUUGAUGGAAGGGAUGUGUUGACAGUCUUUGGCUCAUUUGUGCCCAUUACAGAAUGAGUGAGUCAAAUUGCUUCUUUGAAGGUGAUUGACUCUAGGUCUGAUUUGAGAGCUGGCAAUUGUGUGUGGUCCUUUUGUUGCUUUACUUCCUAUCUGAAUGUUAUGAUAUCAAUUUAAGUC